AUGGCUGAGGUGAUUCACGCCACACCCAACAUGAUGACCAAGGCCAGGAACAAACAAGGAGAUGGAGAGGAGGGUAUAGAGGACGACUACGAUAGCAUUGAGAGCCUCAGAGAUCAACACCAGGACUAUGUGGAGAUUGAGGAGUGCUCCAAUACUCUGGGAACAGUCAGAAGUCAGCAGCAGGACCCUGUGAGCCCUCCUAGUUGUCCGAUCAGGGCUGUGGUGAUUCACUCCACGCCCAACAUGAUGACCAAGGCCAGGAACACACAAGGAGAGGGGGAGGAGGGUAUAGAGGACGACUACGAUAGCAUGGAGAGCCUCAGAGAUCAACCCAAAGCUCUUGGAACAGUAAGAAGUCAGCAGCCGGACCCUGUGAGCCCUCCCAUGCGUCCAAUCAAGGCUGUGGUGGUGCUUCUGUUCCUGCUGUCUUUUGCCCUAUUGUUUGGACUGGUUCGAAUGGAAGUUCACGAAAACGGAAAAGGCCUCCAGAUGAUCUCAGCAGCAGAGCCCCACACCAGCAGCGCUGCCGCCAUGGUUACCAUGGUAACUAUGGACCACGCCCUCCACGGAGGCGGAGGACUCGGGAUAUUUACACCAUGCCCAACAUGGGCAGGAACACACAAGGAGAGAGAGGAGAGGAUAGUGGAGAUCUACGCUACCAUUGAGAGCCUCAGAGACCAACACCAGGACUAUGUGGGGACAGAGGAGUCCUCCAAUACUCUGGGAACAGUAAGAGGUCAGCAACCGGACCCUGUGAGCCCUCCACGGUGUCCGAUCAGGGCUGUGGUGGUGCUUCUGGUCCUGCUGUCUGUUGUCCUGCUGGCUGGACUGGUUGGGUUGGCACUGCUACACAAGGUAGUCAUGGACAUGGGCAGAGACGUGGAGCAACUUGUCCAAAGGCUGAAGAAUGUGACAGAGCAACACAAGACCGUAAGCAUGGAGGUGGAGCAACUUCUCCAAAGGCUGACGAAUGUGACAGAGCAACACAAGACCGUAAGCAUGGAGGUGGAGCAACUUGUCCAAAGGCUGAAGAAUGUGACAGAGCAGAGAGACUCACUGCUUUGUAAACAGGAAUGUCCAGGUGGUUGGGAUAAGUUUGGUUGUAAAUGUUACCGGGUUACCAGAGAGUGGGGAUCCUGGAAUAAGCACAGGAAGCGCUGUGUUUCCAAAGGAGCAGAUCUGGUGGUUGUGGACAGUAAAGAGGAGAUGGACUUCAUUAGCAGCGGAUACGCCGAGUACUUCUGGCUCGGAGCGACAGAUGAGGCCAGUGAGGGGUUGUGGAGAUGGGUUGAUGGGACCGUCCUGUUAGUGGAUAACCCCUCCUGGAGUGGAGGGAAACCUGAUGGUGGCAAGGACAAGAACUGCUUAAGGAGGGACUGGGGGCAGCAGCCCAACAUUAAAUGGACAGAUGAGAGCUGUGAAGACAACAGAUAUGGGCUUUGUGAAUACAAUUUAAUGAAAUGAUGGAUGAAAACAUUUCUUUGUCUGACAGAUGUGUUUCUUUGACUAUUUUUUUAUCUUAAUGCCAACUAACAUUCGUUGUUUUGUUUCAUGCUUGUUGAGUUCUGCCAUUCGAUAAGAGCUGUGAUUGGCUGCAAUGACAUGAAGACGUCACUGGUCACUGCAGGAGCUGUACAUAGAUGCUGUUCUUGUUACUUUAUUUUUUCAAUGUUUCCACAGUUGCUCUCGGUGUUGGAGGCUGAGGUUAGGCGGUAAAGAGUCAUGACAGACAUUGGCUGGUUUUCACUUGCUGCAAACCACACUAGUUCUCUAUCUAGGGCUGCUUCUGCUGGCUUUGCCUUUGUCCCCUCAGCUUAUUAUUUAAUAAUUUUUCCAUUGAAAUGUAUCUCGUCUUUGUCACCAUACAGUGAUCACUAUAAAACACUUGUGUAUAAAUUGUCUGUUGGUUCUACGGUGUUCAGAGAGAACAGUAGACUUGUGUCUUGGUGUCUGAAUGGGCUUGUAGGUCUGCACUUAGUUUUGCGUUACUGAAUGAACACUUUUGCAGGUACAUAUGCAUACGUGCAUUCUCACACAUACAGUAAUUUGUAAAUUACACAUGUAAAUUUUGUGUCCAUUCAACUGUUUUUGCUGUAGUGAAUUUGACC